AUGUCGGUGGUACACGAGCAGACCGUCUACGUGCUCGCGCACUACGACCACGCCGCCGGCGCGGCGACCAUCUGCGGCGUGUUCGCGGAGCUGCAGGAUGCCAACGCCGAGUGCCUGCAGCUGGCGCGGCGCGCGGGCAUCACGCUCACCAACGAGUCGUCGACGACGGGGCCCGACGGCAUGCACCUGUCUCCGGUCGAGCCGCUGCGCUGGGACGCGCCCGAGGGGGUGUCGUGCUGGGUCGAGGCGCACGCGGUGAAGCCCACGCGCGUCGUCAAUGCCUGA